AGAUCAAGGGAUACUAAGGUAGACAACAGCAACAAGAAGAAAUCUGGUAAAGGAAUUUGGAAGAGACUGGCUAACCCAAGCAAGAAAAAACUAAGAAAAGAGGCCAAGCAACUGAGAAAUCAAAUGGCCGAUAGAAAGAGGGAGGUCCAUGUGAUGGACAUAAUCUCUGAGGCAGAAGAAGAACCUGUGAAGGCCCCACGUCCACGUCCGGUGAAGUGGGAGACACUCUAUGAGAAUCCAGAGGAUAUCAGGAUUGAGAACAUAGUCUUCCACAAGGCCUGGGUACAUGCUACCCAGCACAGCCAGGAUGUUGUCAGCCCAGAAGUACAUGUGGGGAUGCCUGAGGGAGACACAGCCCGGGCCAAGGCUGAGAUUCCGCUCAGUAUUGACCUGCUGGAGUCUGUCUAUGCCAACUUGUCCUGUAUUGACAUGGAUCUACUGCAUCAUCUGGAGCAACUCUCUAAGGAUUUUUCCAAAGGAGAUUACAGCGGUGGUGAUCAGCCUUCCCAGGCCAGUGAGAGCCCUGUGCUGGUCCCCAACGCUGGAGACCGAGUGCUGGUGCAGUGGCAUCUGACCAUGCAUGAGGAGGAUGAGAAGGAGAAGGAGAAGGAGGGCAUUCUCUUGGAGGAGGAGAGGAGGCAGCUGCUGCCCUGGGUCCAACAAGGAGGACUGGCCAUUAUCAAUACAGCAGCAGCCCAGAUGAAAUAUAUUUGGGCACUAUUGUUCAGUAAUAUUUUCGUGCAAAUGAUGCAGAAACUACAUUCAUUCAUCAAUAUUUAAUAACAUUAUUGAUUUAGUAUACUAGUCAAAUA